AUGUCCGUUUUCUACUCCCACGGCCCGGUUUCGAAGUUUCGAACCCGGCAGGUUCUGCGGGUUCAUCCGGGUAGCCGAUCUCCGGCCAAUGCCACCGUCCAUCCUUCCGAGGUCGCGCUCCUCAAUGAAUUUUGCAAACAAAUUGGUCUUAGAUCCGCUCUGAACUUCGUAAGUGAUGGAAAAGUAGUCAGAGAAGUAGGUAGAGGGUUCCAGAGAAAAGGACCAGAAAAAGCAAAAGCAGAUUUAGCAAAAGAGUGUUUAACACGAGUUAGGAAGAAGCGAGAACAAGAAGACGAUCGUAAACAGGCGCGUUUAGAUUCAAUUAAUAUAUCUGAUAAGUACUUAGGAAAUAAUUUAGAUUCAGACUUUUACAUAAAUGUGUAA